AUGUGCUGGACAUUUGUUCACCUGCUGAUCCUUACAACACUCAGCUGUCUGUCUUCCGCUGAGGUUAAGACAAAGGGUCUAGUUUCCUGCCCAGACUACCAGAGGGCCUUUGGAGGCUCCUGCUACGAGUUUGUGGAUCUCCAGCACAGUUUUAUCAGUGCACAGGCUUGGUGCGAGCAGCGCGGUGGACACCUUGCAUUUAUCCCAGAUGAAGAAACACAAUAUUUCCUUCAGAGACUCUCGGACCCUGAGAAGGAUUUGUGGCUUGGACUGGCACCCUCUGCCACUCCAAACCUGCAAUAUUCUGCGACCCUUGAAGAUGCUCUCUAUUGGCUGGAUGGUUCAUAUAUCACCUAUUCAAACUGGGUGAGCAGCCCACAGCCAGGAGCAGCUUGUGGACACACACUAAGAGACUCAGGCUUCCAAUGGGAAGCCACAAGAGACUGCAACAAAAAACUGCACUUUAUCUGUCAGUUUGAGUCUGGGAGAUCCAUUUUAUGUUUAGGUCGAAACACCUCUCUGCAGUGCGGUUCUGGUCAAGUCUUAAUGAUAGAUGGUGGCUUAUACGGUCGUAAGAACAUUCAUUACUGUCGAUCCACGCUCGCCCCACCAACAACACCCACAGGACACCAGUGCGGCUGGGUGGAUGUUGUAGAAUCAUUAACAGCCCACUGCCACGGCCGUCAGGUGUGCCAGAUUGCUGAAGUUGUGGGCUCCUUUGGUGAACCCUGUCCUCAGCUGGGGAGCUACCUGUCUGUGGACCACCACUGCAAAGAUGGGCUCACACUGUCAAUGAGCACUACGGCUGCUGUUUUCGAUGAUGUCACCAUCAGCGUGAAGUGGCUCUUACGUGAUCCACAUGGAAACCCUAGCUGCAAGAUGAGUACAGGAGACGGCCAUGUUAUUUACCUGCAUAGUCCAGAGGGUGACACCACUACCACCCCCACCACUGCUGGUCCCGCCUCCAUAGCUGGCCCUAGUGACACCACUACCACACCUACCACCCCCACCACUGCUGGUCCCGCCUCAACAUCACCUGCCAACAGUGACACCACCACCACGCCUACCACCCCCACCACUGCUGGUCCCGCCUCAACAUCACCUGCCAACAGUGACACCACCACCACGCCUACCACCCCCACCACUGCUGGUCCUGCCUCCAUAACUGGCCCUAGUGACACCACUACCACACCUACCACCGCUAACACCAUUGAUGUGUCUCCACCAUCAACCACCAACAACUUUGACAGCCUUAAGUGUAUCCAUCUGCGUUGCAGUAAUAUCAAUGAAGUGAAGUCUGUCUUCCUUCCUCUUGGAGACAGUAGUUCCAACUUCAACAUGAUUAUCACAGCAACUGCAAAAAGUGGCAGCUUUCUUCGUGAGAAGAUGCUGGACAUAAUGAUUGACACAGUAAAAGAGGCUCCGACCAACACUCCAGAAGAAGUUCAGGUGAUAGCCAGAGGACUCGCUGCUGUCGUCCAGAAAGGCACUGAGCUCAGCUCCUCUGCUCAGGAAGAGGCUUCAUUACUGCUUGCAAACUUAAGCUCAUAUCUCCUCCACAUGGAUGUGAACACAAGUGAAGACAACAUGAAUGAAAUCAAUGCCGCAGCCAGCACCAUUGUGGAGGGAGCAAGCAAUAUCCUGGACUAUUCUUCCAAUAAAAACGUCUCUGAUGCCCUUCUCCUUUCUCUGAGCAAUACAAUGAGUGCACUGUUAGCAUUUAAAGAUGCCAACAAAGCGCCAACUAUCAUCCAACAAGCUCAUAUUGGUGUGUUUGUCAAUAGAGUGACACUUGGAAGAUUAAAGACAGAGGUUAUAAAAAUUUCCAACAAUUCCAGCCCAUCAUUUUCGCUCCCAACAUUACCCUCCAAUAUAUCCCCUUCAGAUGAACCAGUGGAUGUACGAAUGCUGAGUUUAGACAAAAACCCUUUUUCCUGGAAUGAGAGAGGGAACAUCAGUGGCCAAAUAGGUGCUCUCUCCCUUACAAGAAAAGAUGGCGCCAGUAUCCCUGUGGAAAACCUGAGCGAGGAUAUUAAGAUUCUUAUACCAAGGCCUGUAGGAGAGCAGGUGAACACCUCUUUUCUGGACCUGGGGAACUACAGCACAACGGUCAUAAACGUUCCUUCAGCCGAUACUACGCUGGUGUUAAAGAUGGUGCCUUCAAGUGAUCCAUUACCCUUCAAACUGUUUCUUGGUCAUAUGGACUACCCCACUGAAACAAAUAAUGUUGCGAUGACAGAGAUGCCUCACCAGGGAGCAACACAAGAGGAAAGAUACACUUGGCUACUAGACCCUAAGGAUUUAAAGGGAAACAAUGGAGUGCACUAUCUUGUAGUGAGGCCCAUUGUAGGUCCGGGAAUAAAAUCCAUCAAUGCCAGUUUGUCCAUUACCUCCUUCACUGCCGCAUGUAAAUUUUGGGAUGAAUCAAUAUUGGAGUGGAGCCCUUUUGGAUGUAGGGUUGGUGUUCAGACCACACAUUCAGUCACCCAGUGCCUCUGCAACCACCUCUCCUUCUUUGGGGGCUCUUUCUUCGUCACUCCCAACCUUGUCGACGCGUCACGCACCGCUGAGCUGUUUGGGACUUUUGCUGAAAAUCCUGUGGUCGUCUGCUUUGUGGGGUCACUCUUUGCGGCCUAUCUAUUGGUGGUCGUGUGGGCACGACGAAAAGACAUUCAAGACACUGCCAAGGUGAAGGUAACUGUGCUGGAGGAUAACGACCCCAGAGACGAGUACCGCUACCUGUUGAGUGUCAGCACUGGGCAUCGGAGAGGAGCCUUCACUUCCUCCCAGGUGACGAUCACUCUGCUGGGUGCAGAGGGAAACAGUGAACCGCAUCACCUGGCUGAUGCAAAGAAAUGUGUGUUUGAGAGAGGUGCGGUGGAUGUCUUCCUGCUAACUACACCCUUAUCCCUGGGAGACCUGCAGGGCAUCAGACUGUGGCACAACAACUCAGGAAGCCAUCCUGCUUGGUAUGUUGGCAAUGUCAUGGUUCAUGAUAUACAGACAGAGCAGAAAUGGCAUUUUUUAUGCAACUCCUGGCUGGCCAUAGACAUAGGUGAUUGUUCCCUCGAUAAAGUUGUACCUGUUUCAACAGAGAUGGAUUUGAAGAGGUUCAGUAACUUGUUCUUUAUGAAGACUACAAAGGAUUUCAAUGACGGACACCUCUGGUACUCUGUGAUCAAUCGACCUCCGAACAGCAACUUCACUUGUGUUCAGAGAGUUUCCUGCUGUUUUACACUGCUGCUCUGCACCAUGCUGACCAGCAUGAUGUUUUAUGGCAUCCCAACAGAUCCCUCGGAGCAGACCAUGGACCUCGGUCAUUUUGAGUUUAGCUGGCAACAGUUCAUGAUCGGAGUUCAGAGUUCCCUCAUCAUGUUUCCCAUAAAUAUCCUUAUUGUUAGCAUCUUCAGAAACACUCGUCCUCGGGAGACGUCUUGUUGCAAGCGAAAAACCAAAAACCCAGAUGCCCUCGAGCAGAAUUCGUUCUCACAGACUACCACCACCAACACAAAUGUCAAUGUCACUUUAGACACAGUCAUCGAGACUGUUAAAAGCAACAUACCGAGCAUAGAGUCUGAGUUUGGGCCUGGACAACAAGUUGAUAUCAAUGCUGUUCUCUCCAUGGUGGAGGACUUCAUCAAACCGAAUAACAAAACCCCUGACGCUGCCCAGCCCAAAACGCAGAGCUUUGGCAACCUUGUUCAGCCUCAGCUACCAGAGGGCAGUCCUGGGUCAACAGUGGAGGGGAUUCAAAAGAAGAGCAACAAAACCCAAUAUCUGUACCGGCAGCUGUGUCACAUUGACAAAGAGCUUAGUCUGCUGGGACCCUCCGGCUUCCCCAACCCACACAGCUACAGCCAGGCUCUGCAACAGGUCCAGGGCAUCAAGGGCUUACUUGAAAAUCAGCUCUUCACAGUCAGCUGUGUCAACCCAGAUGAACUCACUGAGAAGAAGUUGAGCCCUGCAGACAGCACAGAUGGCGAUGGUAGUCAGAAGAAAAGGGUGUGCUGUCAUGGAGGGCUACCCUGGUGGUUUCUGUUUGUGGGCUGGCUGCUAGUGAUCGCAAGCAGUUUUGUAUCGGGAUAUUACACGAUGCUUUAUGGGUUGAAAUUCGGGAAGGAACGCUCUGUGAGCUGGUUGGUGUCCAUGAUUGUUUCCUUUUUUCAGAGUGUCCUCGUCAUUCAGCCAUUGAAGGUGCUAUGUCUUGCAGUCUUCUUUGCACUUGUAAUAAAGAAAGUUGAUGAGGAAGAUUUCCAAAAUGUGGAGUUUGAAGGAAAUCUAGGUAAGGACAAACAAAUGGUCAGACGGGAUCGCAGUCUCUAUGAGCCUCCUCCUGCUGCAGACAUUGAGAAGAUGAGAAGGAAACAGAUUAUGGAACAGAAAGCCUUUGCCCUCCUCAAAGAUAUCUUGACCUACAUGGGGUUUAUGUGGAUGUUGCUGCUGGUGGCGUACGGCCAGAGAGAUCCCAAUGCUUUUUUCCUGAACCGUCACAUCCAGGAUAGCUUCAGCGGCAAGAUCUCAGACAGCAUGAGUCUUGGAGAUGUGUUCACUUGGGCCAACACAUCGCUAUUAAGUAACCUUUUUGGAGUUUAUCCAGGAUACAUCACGGAUGGAAACUCCAAGCUAGUGGGUAAUGCCCGUCUUCGUCAAUUGAGAGUGCAGAGGAACUCCUGUGAGAUUGCAGGCCCUAUGCUCCAGUUGGCACCAGACUGUAACGCUCCAUUUUCCUGGGAGGUGGAGGACAUGGGCUCCUAUGACACUGGCUGGAAUCACUCUGUGAGGGAUAAUAUAUCUACGAGCGCAUCCAGCCCGUGGACCUACCAGACACAGUCUCAGCUCAGGGCUUAUCCCAUCUGGGGCAAAAUGGUGCUCUACAGGGGAGGUGGCUAUGUAGCGGAGCUCGGCCCGGAUUCACAAAAUGCCAGCAGCACCCUUGAGUACCUGUUCAGGAAUACAUGGCUGGACGUUUACACGAGGGCGGUCUUUGUAGAGUUCACCGUUUAUAAUGCUAAUGUGAACCUCUUCUGUAUUGUCACACUCUUGCUAGAGACCACAGUUGUGGGAGCAUUUCAGUUGCACAGUGAGCUGCAGAGUGUUCGUCUUUACCAAUCAACUGGGGGUCUUCACAUCUUCGUUAUGGCUGCUGAGAUCAUAUACUUGCUUUUCAUCCUCUAUUACAUGUUCAUGCAGGGCAAAUUGAUGAAGCAGCAGCGCUGGGCUUACUUCAGGAGCAAGUGGAACCUUCUCGAGCUGACUAUCAUCUCACUGAGCUGGAGUGCAGUGGCUGUCUUCAUGAAGAGGACCCUGCUCGGGGACCGCGAUAUGACCUACUACCAGAACCACAAGGACCAAUUUGCCAGUUUUUACGAGACAGCCACAGCAGACUCAGUGCUCCAGUAUCUGAUCGCCUUCCUGGUCCUUCUCGCCACCUUUAAACUGUGGCACCUGCUCAGACUGAACCCCAAGAUGAACCUGAUCACUGCAGCACUGCAGCGGGCUUGGAAUGAUAUAUCUAGCUUUCUUGUGGUCAUUGUGAUCAUGUUUGUGGCGUAUUCCAUUGCCUGCAAUGUGAUUUAUGGCUGGAAGAUGUCCUCAUACAGAACUUUAGCAGAUGCUCUCGUGACCGUCAUCAGUUUGCAGAUAGGCAUCUUCAACUAUGACGAAGUCAUGGACUACAACCCUGUGCUUGGUGGAUUACUAUUUGGUUCCUGUAUUGUGUUUAUGACAUUCGUGGUGCUCAAUCUUUUCCUCUCAGUGAUCCUGGUGGCAUUCAAACAGGAACAAAUACAUCACAAGCCCUCAGACGAAGAGGAGAUUGUCGACCUGAUGCUUAAAAAUAUCUUCGGUGUUUUUGGGAUCAGAUAUGAAGAUACAAAAGACACCCGGGGGCCUGAUGAGAAAGAGGACGGUGAAUGCAAUGCAGGCAAGGGUGCCAGGGAGGCAGAUGGCUUCAAUGCAGAGAAAGAAAGCACAAGUGCAGAAGAAGAAAGACUAAAACAGUGUGGAGGGACCAUGUGA